GACGUUAGCGUUGACGUUGAAAGGCUCAUCCACCCACACCCCCAUAGCGCACAUCUGAUCGCUCACGUACAAUGUCAACAUAUAACGAACGUUGUAGAACAUUCACGUAUAUGAUUCAACGCCUUCAACAAAGUACCCAUAUAUGAAAGAUACAACUGGAAAGAAUUAAAUAAAAUAGUUUAACCAUUAUUUUUUAAUAUAAAGAAUUAAUGGGUAUAUUAUUCCUGCUCUAAAAAGGAAAUGGUGAUUCCACUUUCUUUUUGAAUGGAAUCUCUGUAACAAUGAAUUAUUCAGUCACAUUUGUAUUUCGCGCCUUUGUCGUGUCAAUAAAUGCAGACGUCAAAUGAGGUUAAAGAGCUGGAUUCCACGCAUACAGAGCGGUGUUUAUUGUUUUUUAUUAUCGUGAGAUUAUUGUAUUAGACUAGAUCUCGGCAAAAUGAGUACCGCUGAAGAGUUGCCUCCGACAGAGGAAAAUUUACCUGCUAUUUUGAAUAAAUUACAAGAGGAUGAGGUCAUUGUUAAUACACAAUUGGAUCAUAUUUUGAUGCGGCACUGUCAUGUCGAAGCUAAGCUUCAAAGUAUUGGAAAAGUCUUGCCAAAUGUGGCUGUCAUUCGUUCGGAGGGUGAAAAAUUUAGAAAUAUGAUAGAUCGCACAAACAAGCUAGCAGAAAAAGUAAGCGCCAAAGUUAGGCAGCUGGAUCUUGCUAGAAGCAGAGUAUGCGAGUGUCAGAGCCGUGUUAACGACAUACUUGACCUACAAUUAUGUAGUGAAGGUGUUGCUACCGCAUUACGUAAUGAGGAUUAUGAGCAAGGUGCUGCACACGUGCAUCGAUUUUUGUUGAUGGAUCAGCAAUUACUGGAAAGAACUGCUGAUGAUGUAUCUGGAGAUCAUACAAGUGUCACUAGUUCCUUGGCUACUUUACAACAAGCUGCAAAUCAGCUUAGGACAGUUGUCACUCAUAAAUUUGAUGAGGCUGUAAAAUCUGAAGAUCUUGCCUCUGUUGAGAGAUUUUUCAAAAUAUUCCCAUUAUUGGGAAUGCAUAGUGAAGGAAUUGUCAAGUUUUGUGAAUAUUUAAGCUCCAAGCUUCAAGAAACUGCUCAAAAGAAUUUGAAGGCAGCACUAGAUGUAAAAAGUACUGAUAAGAAAGCACCUCUGAUUUUCGCAAACACAACAAUAUUAUUUUUUGAAGGUAUUGCAAAAAUUGUUGAAAUUCAUCAACCAAUUAUAGAAACUUAUUAUGGGCCAGGAAAAUUGCUAACAUGUGUAGGUAUUCUACAGAAAGAAUGUGAUAGGCAAAUACAAAAAAUUAUAUCUGAGUUUAUGAAACGUAGAGCAAUAUCAAGAAAAGUCCAAUUGAUUAAUGAUUGUUUGAGAAAACAAGGUACUGAAAAGUUGGAUCCAAAAGAUUUAGAUCUUGUUUUGAAGGAAAUAACUAUAAUGCAUGAAAGAGCUGAGCUGUAUGUCAAGUUUCUGAGGAGAAGAAUAGUUAAUGAUCUUGAAAUUAGUACUACUGAUUCUCAACAGAGAAAAGAUCUAUUAAAUGAUUUUGAAUUGAUUAUUAAAAAUUCAGAGUUGGCUAGGUGUAUGCAAGAAUUACUUGGAGCCUACUUGGCCUUGGAAAGGUAUUUCAUGGAAGAAAGUGUAAAUAAAGCUAUUGGAAUGGAUGCUCUGGAUAAAGAUCAGCAAACAUCCAGCCUGGUGGAUGAUUCGUUUUACAUUGUGAAAAAGUGCAUUAGAAGAUCAAUUUUAAGUGGAAGUAUAGACGGUGUCUGUGCUGUUAUCAAUAUGGCAUGUGGUUUGCUUGAAGGCGAAUUUGCAAGUACAUUAAGAAGUAGACUUAGGCAAGGGUACCCUGCUGGAUAUUUAGACUUGGCUCAAGCAUAUAAUGCUCUGCAAACAAGUAUUCAACAUGGACGGAUUCAGACAUCAGAUACAGAACUUGCAAGACUUAUGUUUUUGGCUUAUUUGAAUAAUGCUGAAGUAAGCAUAGAGUACAUAGAAACUUUGAGUAAAAGUCUUAGUAUUGAUAUUGCACAAUAUUUUCCAAAUAUACAAGGCAAAGAAAAAGCCAAAAUCGAAAGUUGUUUGGCUGGAAUGAAAAGUGCAUCAUUUACUCUACGUACUGUAGUUGAUUAUGGGCUGGAACAAUUGCGUGUUAGUGCUGUGAAGCCUAGGGUAACUCCUUGGGUUGAUGUAUUUUUAACAGUUAACCAUCAAGUCAAUGAUGAUGAUUUGUUGAGAUAUGAGACUGAUGAACCAUUUGUUCAAACUUUAGUCAUGAAUUUAGAAGGUCUCUUGCAAGUAUUUAAAAAUAGCAUGACUGAAUCAAAUUAUAAUGCUCUUAUAGGUAUUCUCACAGCAGAAGUAACAGCACGUUUAGAAAAAGUCGUUUUAAAAUCUACAUUUAAUCGGGCUGGAGGUCUUAUUUUAGACAAAGAAGUACGAUCUCUAGCUAGUUACUUGGCUACUGCUACUUCCUGGUCUGUACGUGACAAAUUUGCAAGACUUGUACAAAUGGCAACUAUUCUUAGCAUUGAGAAAAUUGAAGAAUUGGCAGAUUAUUGCGGUGCUGAUGCAAUAGCCUGGAGACUGACACCUGCUGAAGUCAGAAAGAUUCUUGCUUUGAGAACAGAUUUCAGGCCUGAAGACAUAAAGAGACUAAGAAUAUAAUUUAAUUAUUUUGUAUAUAAAAAUUCUGUACAUAUUUGAAUAAAAAUAGUUUUUAAAUCAUUUUAAA